ACUAAAGAGCGGCGGAUCUACGAACUAGUUCGUUCGUCAACUACGCAAGACUAAUUUAUUGACGCAUUCAGACCCGCUAAUACUCGACGCCCCUUCAAUUCUCUAAAAAUAACAUACGUCUUGCAGUCUGAUCUUCUCCAGUCGCCUGGAGUCCGCCAUAACAGUUUGACAGCUCAAACAUUUACCCGCGCUUUUUAUGUCCAUUCCAUUUCCGAAUGCGUGCACCGACCGUGAAUUUAAAAACGUCACGACCUAUUUUUUUUUUAAAUUAAAAACAAAUCAUGCAAAGGCAUUCUUAUUGAAUAUACAAUGAACUUCUCUUUCAGUAAUUUCAAAUAAAGAAUAGUGUAAAGACACUUUUAUGAGUUUAUUUUUAAAUUAUUAUUUUUAAAUUAAACUUUUUAAAUGGCGUCCAAAACAAUAGUGCUAAGACUGUUCGUAAUGUUUUUGCUGAUAUGUUUAUGUGAAAUUGGCAGUUGCAAAUCAGCGGAAAGCGAAUCCAAUGAGAAUGUACAGAUUUCCGAAGAGGCGGUACAGCCUGUACAGAAAAGCAGCAAUCAGAAAUCGCCAAAGACGAAUGAAGGAGGUGGUCCUGCGUUUAUUUUCGCCGAAGAACUGAAGCAGAUACUGGAUAGAUACUUGUUUGGGAUCUGCCCGCAGACUUUUAAGUCGCGAUGGUUCCAGAUGCCGUUGGGUGGAAAGAACAAGAAUUCCACCACCUUCACCUGCGACCUGGACCCUGAACAGCAGGAGUUAGCCGGCAGACUGGCAACACUGGCCCUUCGUGCGCAUUCAGCAUCAAGGACUGAUUGUGCUAGAUUCGGGGCCACGCUCGCCAACACGCUCGGCGAACUUGCUCGCACAGCAUCCAACAGAGCUGCUCUUACUGCCGCCGCAACAAACGAAGCCAAUAAGAAACGGAAGUUGUCUAAAAGCCAAAAAGCCAAGAUCCAAGCCAAGCAGCGGACCGCGCUGGCGGUCAAGAAGAAAGCCGCCGCGGCCGCAGCAGCAGCCGCCGCCAAGGUGGCCUCUUGAAUGGAAAUUGAAUAAAUACAAAUUUAGAAUACAAAAUUGUGAUUAUCAUUUUUACAAUACAUAUCUCUGAGCUAUAGAAAUGGAAUAAUUCAAAUUUAGAAUACGAAAUUGUGAUUAUCAUUUUAAUAAUACAUAUCUCUGAGCUAUAGAAAUGGAAUAAUUCAAAUUUAGAAUACGAAAUUGUGAUUAUCAUUUUUACAAUACAUAUCGCAGACCUAGUAGAAUAUUGGUUUAAUAUAUAAAACUCUCGUGUCACACAACCGAUGCGAUAUUGAAACCUUCAAGAA